GGAGAUAUUGGCAUUGGGAAAUUAUUCAAGGACCCAAACUUGUUUUCUAAGCUGGCAGCGAACCCCACGACUGCCCCUCUUCUCGCCGAUCAAGGUUUCGUAGCUCAGCUACAAACGAUCCAAAUGAAUCCUCAAUUGGCAGCCUCUGCAUUCAAAGACCCGCGGAUGAUACAAGUAAUGGGUGUUCUCAUGGGCAUUGAUAUGCAGGGGUUUGCCCGUCCUGGGGGCUCGGACGAGGUUCCACAAGGGUUCGAGCCUUCGUCCCCCGUUCCUCCCACCCCAUCUGCCUCCACCUCUAAUCAUCCAACAUCUCCCAAACCCGCCUCUUCUAGCAAACACCAGCCUCCUCCGGCGCCCGCAUCGGAGCCAGUUGAUGCACCCAUGUCUGGGGCAGGAGAGGAUGACGAAGAGGCGAAGGAUAAGGCCGAAGCAUUGAAGGAGAAGCAACUCGGCAACUCGGCAUAUAAGAGGCGCGAUUUUGAGAAUGCAGAAAAGCAUUUUCUUGCUGCCUGGGAUAAGUGGCCCAAAGAUAUCACUUUCCUAACCAAUUUAGCCGCGGCACACUUUGAGGAUGGCGAUUAUCAAAAAUCGAUCGAGGUUUGUGAGAAGGCCAUUGAUGAAGGAAGAUCUAUACGUGCCGACUAUAGAUUGAUCGCGAAAGCAUUUGGGCGCAUAGGGACUUCUUAUGCCAAAUUGGAUGAUUUGGAGAGUGCCAUCAAGUUCUACGGGAAGAGCCUGGCGGAACACCGGACUCCCGACAUUUUGGGAAAAUUGAAUGAAGCACAGAAACUCAAGAGGGAGCGCGACCUUCAGGCGUACAUAAAUCCUGAAUUAUCAGCCGUCGCCCGCGAAGAGGGUAAUGCGCUCUUCAAGGCUGGUGACUUUGCAGAAUCAGUCAAGUCGUACACAGAAGCCAUUAAGCGUGACCCCGAGGAUCCAAAAGCAUACAAUAACCGUGCCGCGGCGUAUACAAAGCUCGCUGCUCUCCCGGAGGCGUUGAAGGACGCCGAAAAGGCGAUUGAAAUUGACCCUGCUUUUGGUCUGUAUAUCGUUCUUGUCGCAUUCGCCACCUAUCUGACAUGGCGACCAACGAAUCAGUCAAGGGACACAUUCGAAAAGCAACCGUCCUGUAUGGCAUGCGUGAGUACACUAAAGCUAUGGAGGCCUGCCACAAAGCAGCCGAUGCUGACACCGAACACAAGCACGUCCGUGAAAUCGAGCAGGAGCUGCAGAAGAUUUCGAUAGCGAUAUAUACCCAGCGCGAAGGCGAGACUGAAGAGGAGACGCUUCAGCGGGCGAUGAGAGAUCCGGAGGUGGCUUCUAUCAUGCAAGACCCUAUCAUGCAGCAGGUGGGUUUUUUGACCCCGCCGGCUUCUGGCACAUUGUACCUUGAUAAGAUGCCGGAUGACUGACG